GGCAGGAACCUUAGUCAGCUGAGACAUCAAACCAUUCUGCAGCUCCACCUACACUAUUCUCUUCAUGCUCGGCUCUUUGUGUUAUUUUAUUUUAUUUUUUUUAAAUUGCACGCUUUAUCCACGAGGAAGAUUGCUUUAACAAUACCCCGCUCCAACAUUAAGGUACCAGGACCUGUCUAUUUGUCAAGUGCAGUUCACUGACUUCAUCUAUGGGAGUCCACACAGCACUCAAGCACUUGUAUAGAUGAUGAAAUAAACAGCAUAACCUUGUCUGUAAAAACUGCUAGAAAUAAAAUGAAAAUGCCGUAUUUCGCCUUGGUAUUUAUAUUAUGGACAUUGAACACAAUAAGUCUUUCCCCUGUCUGUGCUGCAAAUCGCUGCAAACUCUUCCAAGACAAAGCUGACUGCAGCCAUCUGGAACUGUUCACCAUACCUUCUGACCUCCCUGUUAACAUCAAAGUUCUAGAUUUGUCCCACAAUCGCCUAAAACAAUUACCUACAGCCAAUCUCUCCAGAUAUGACCAGCUUGAACAUCUAGAUGUUGGCUUUAACACUCUCCAUAUUCUUGAGCCAGAAUUAUGUGAACGGCUGCCUUUAUUGAGGAUACUGAAUCUACAACAUAACGAGUUUGCCAAGAUUUUAGAAAAGGCCUUCUUGUCCUGCACAAACCUUACUGAACUACAACUGACUUCUAAUGGAGUGAAAGAAAUCACUGGAAACCCUUUUAAAAGCCUGCAGAGUUUGAAAAUUCUUGAUAUGUCUCACAACAAGAUGACAUCUAUGGCCUUGGGGGAUACAGAACAGUUAUCAAAUCUUGAAGAACUUUCCUUUUCUCAUAAUCUGAUCAAUGACCUAAAAAAAGAAGCUUUGGCAUUUCUUGGAAACAACUCCGUUCAGAAGCUGGAUCUAUCAUCCAAUCCUGUCCACAAUAUAAAUCCAAGGUGUUUUGAACCAUUUAAAUACCUCAAUACACUUAUAAUGGCUAACCUGACGCUUGGACCUACUUUGAUAGAACAGCUUUGCACAGAACUGUCCGUUACUCAGAUUAAAGUCCUCAUUCUACUCAAUUCUCAACUAACAAAGAUACACAAUAAAACGUUUAAAGGCCUUCAAAAUACAACCCUUGCGUUUCUGGAUAUAUCAAAAAACAGCUUGACCGAAAUUGAUAAUGACUCAUUUAUUUAUCUAGAGUCUUUAACGGUUCUCAAUCUGGAAGAAAAUCAAGUCAGUCAUUUAAGCGCAGGAGCAUUUAAAGGCUUGUCAAGUGUUAAAUCCUUGAAUUUACAAAAGUUUUUUAACGGUGCUAAAGACCCUAAAAUUGACGACACAUCAUUCCAGUGGCUCAAAAACCUUGAGAACCUGAAUAUGGAAAGAAAUAGAAAUCUUGACUUUACACAGCUCACUUUUACAGGAUUGACAAGUUUGAAGAAUUUAAGCUUGACUGAAUGCUCUUUUAAGUCAUUUACUAAUAGGACAUUUUCAUCACUCUCAAAAUCUCCAUUAUUGUUUCUGAAUCUCACAAAAACUAACCUAGCCAAGCUGGAAUAUGGGAUGUUUUCUUCCAUGGAAUAUCUUCAAAUACUUGAUUUAGGCCUAAACUGGAUUGAGCAAACCUUAAGUGGAUAUGAGUUUAAAGGUCUUCUCAGCAUUAAAAUGAUUUAUCUUUCUUACAAUAAACAUUUGACCUUAACGAGCACUUCAUUUCGUUUUAUUCCAACCCUGGAAAAGCUGAACCUUAGAAAAACAGCAUUGACAUUUAACGCUGAGAGCACAUCUCCCUUCGCUUGUCUGAAGAACCUCACAGUUUUGGACCUUGGGAACAACAAUAUUGCUAACAUGGUUGAGAAUGUCUUUUUUGGUCUUAGUAGCCUUAGAAUACUCAAUCUACAGCAUAACAACCUUGCUCGACUGUGGAAAAAAGCUAAUCCUGGAGGACCGGUUUUAUUUCUGAAAGGUCUUCAGAAUUUGGAAAUACUUGACCUACUGUCUAAUGGGUUGGAUGAGAUUCCCACCAAUGCUUUCAAAGGACUUUUCAAUUUAAACAUACUGAAUUUAGGGGAAAAUAAUGUGUAUUUACUGCCACCAUCCCUAUUCGAAGAUCAAAGCUCACUUGACUCACUAGAUCUUCAUAAAAAUCUGAUAACAUCCGUUGAGCCAAAUACAUUAAAGAACGUUUUUAAUGGCCUUAAAAUGUUAAAUAUGGGUCAAAACCCUUUUGACUGUACCUGUGAAAGCAUAGCAUGGUUUUCUAACUGGCUUAAUACAACAAAUACAAGUGUGGUAGGACGGAACAAACAGUAUGUGUGCAAUACACCUAAUAAAUACCAUGGCAUUUAUGUGGAAAAUUUCGAUAGCUCUCCCUGCAAGGACACUGCUCCUUUCAAAGCAUUUUUUAUGUUCACCUUCACUAUCACGUGCUGUUUUCUAUUUCUGGUAUUGUUCUUACAUUUCCAAGGCUGGAGAAUACAGUUUUACUGGAAUGUUGUGGUUAACAAGAUUCUUGGUUUUAGAGUAAUUGAUCCAGGCAACCAAAACUUUGAAUAUGAUGCUUACAUCAUUCAUGCUGACAAAGACAUGGAGUGGGUUUACAAAUAUCUGCUUCCACUUGAAGAAGAAGAUGCUACUUCUCAGCUUAGAUUCUGCUAUGAGGAAAGAGACUUUGACGCUGGAUUACCGAUUCCAACUUUAACAGUCAACAGCAUCAGAAGAAGCAGGAAGAUUAUUUUUGUAAUAUCCCAUUAUUUUUUGAAUGACAAAUGGUGUAGAAGGUUCAAGAUAUAUCAGGCUGUCCAGCAAGCCAUUGAGCAAAGUCGUGAUUCUAUCAUUCUCUUGUUUAUUGAAGAUAUUCCAGAUUACCAAUUAAAUCACAGCAUACACCUGAGAAGAGGGAUGUUCAAGUCACGCUGUAUUCUAGAAUGGCCUGCUCACAACGAAAGACUGAAUGCUUUUAAACAGAAACUUAAGAUUGCUUUAGGAUCAACUAACGUGGUAAAUUGAAGAUCAGCCUAAGUUGUCUACAAUAUGGAGGACAACCUUGUAGAUUUGCAGGACUUUAACUACUUCAAAAGGUCUACGUGUUCCAAUUAGGCCAAGAAAUUAAGCUUGUUCCUUAAUUUAAUGUUUACCUUUUCUUUUUUCUUCUUGAUGGACAUAAGAGUUAAUGCGUUUAUCAAGUUUUUAUUGCUGUUCUUGAAACAAUGCUGGGUACAUUUUGGAAAUGUCCUCUCCUUGUAGCAACAGGUCAAGGGGACUUGUCCUCCCUGGGGCCCUAAGCAAAAUGACAUAUCACAUUAAAUUAAGUUGAGAAGCGAGGGGGGGGGUGUAACUUCUUACCUCGUCUCCCAUGCAGCCAGCGAGUUGAGAAGGGGGUUGAGGGGCCAAAAAUUACUUCUCAUCAGGCCCUCCACAGCUUUUGCGGGGCCCUAAGCGGCUUGCAUAUGGAGCCUAUAGGGCGGAUCGGCCUGAGGGGACUAGUUGUCACUUGGACCGAAAGAUACAGAAAAGUCUCUGUCAAUAAUUUGACAGAGUUUCUGAUUUAAAUGAAAAUAUUUUCAGUCUAUGUCCCGAUUGGGGAGAUUUCCUAAACAAAAAUCUCCCGAAAUAGGAAAAACUGAAUGCGAAAAUAAACAAAACAAAAAUCUUAUCCUUUCCUUACUCUUAUAUAGGUACAGAGUAAGUCAGGUCGAAAAAAGACACAAGUCCAUCUAGUUAAACCAAUUAAAAAAAACAAAAAACACAGUCCUAUGUAUACAAUCCU